AUGAGAAAAGUUUCGCAUUUCAGAGAACCCAUCAUUCAUGUAUUCAACAAAAACACAACUGUCAUUCAAAAAGGUUCACCUUUUUGGACUGCACACUCCGAAAGAAAGAAUAUUAUGCUGUUGGGUGAUAAUUUGGGUGAUUUAAACAUUGAACAAGGACAAGAACAUUCUGGAAUCACUCUCAAAAUUGGAUUUCUGAAUACUUCGGAUGAAGUCUCCGCAAGAACAUUUUUGAAUAAUUUUGAUCUUGUUUUGGUUGAAGAUUCCAACGUU